CCACAAAGAAUGGACCUUCGCACCUGAUCAACACUCUGUAAUGGGUGUAGACUCAUGCGAAGCGGUCUGUGUUUCUGGUGGGUAUUCAUCUCUGGCAAAAAUCCUGCUCGAGGAUUGGUCGAACAACCAUCUAAGGUACUUUCUCUGCUCUUGUUGGACAUGCCAUCAUCCCUUGUCCCGCUUGUUGGCUCCCCUGCGCGCAAUGAGGGCUUCAAAUGAUGUACGACGUCUGUUACAGUCAUCUUGCUGUACCAAGAAUUGGCAAUGCCCGCCAGGUUUGUCGGUAGUUUCACGCCGAAAUCGUCUUUGUCAAGCCUUUAGCAAAUCCGAAAGUAUUUGUUCUUGACUGUUGGUUGCCUCCGUUCAGGGGGGCAAUGGCGUGGGAGAACGAUAGUGCUAUUUGAUUUACCCCAGCAGUUCUUUCACAUCCCUCGUGAAUAACCGUUCGUAUCGUCUUCGUCACUCCGUGUUUUCUAUUCCGCCCUGCAGAAUGAACAAGCUGAAAAGCGGGGGACCAAUCCCCAUGCAGUGUUUACAAGAGAAUGCGGGGUCGGUCAUUGUACUAGCAUGGGGUCGAUGACCGAUCAUUGUGGUGAUCGCUUUAUUACCAGCCACAAGAAAUGAUUUCGUGGACAGAAUUCGAUAGGUCGGCCGUGCGGGUUGACGAUUGCCGGUCCCGGCGGACUAGAUACCUUCAUAUACUCCAAGGUCGUUAUGAGAAUCUACAAGUCCACCCUUCCCCCGGUCGAGACACGAGAAGAGUCCAUCUUCACACACCUCUUCGCGACGACCUACUCGAAUCACCCAUCAUCGUUGCCCGCUUUCACAGAUGCUGCAACGGGACUUACGCUCACGAGGGCUGAGCUCAAGAAGCUUUCCCUCUCAUUGGGCUAUGGACUUCGUCAAGAGUUCUCCAAGCUCGGCGGCGUCACUCUCGACAGAGGAGAGACCAUCAUGAUAUUCAGCCCUAACAGUAUUGCCUGGCCCGUGAUGGUCUUCGGUUCUCUUGCCCCAGGUCUUCGUACCACACUCGCAAACAGCAGUUACACUGCAGGUGAACUUGAACAUCAAUGGAAAGACAGCGGCGCCAAAGCGGUGUUCGUUCAACCAGCGCUGUUAUCGACCGCGUUGGAGAUGUUCAAGUAUCUGGGACUCGAUCUGUCGCAAGCCAGAAGGAGGAUCAUCCUUGCUGAUUUUGGAAUUCCGAGCAGUGAGCAGUUGCCGGCUGGGUUCGUGAAGCUGUCAGAUUUAUUGGGAAAGGGAAGCUUGAAUGAGGAGGAGAAGUUCCCGGGGAAGCAAUCGAAUGAGACGGCAUACUUGUGUUAUUCCUCGGGGACUACGGGCAAGCCGAAAGGUGUCGAGACGACGCAUUUUAACAUCGUCGCGGUCAUUAACAUCGUGCGAGCUCUUUACCCCAAAACCGUCCCCGGAGAGGAUGUCAUGCUUGGUGUUUUGCCGUUCUACCAUAUCUACGGCUCCGUAAAGCUACUUCUCUUCCAAUUCCUCCUCGGUGUCCAAGUCGUCAUCAUGUCCAAAUUCGACCCAGUCGAGUUUUGCCGAAACACGGAGAAAUAUAAGGUCACGAUCGCGCUGAUCGUUCCUCCAAUUUGCCUGGCUAUUAUACACCAUCCAGCGACGACGAAAUUCAACAUGAAAUCCCUCAAGUACCUGACCUCGGGUGCAGCACCACUCAGCGGCGAACUUGCCCAGGCUACUCGGGAGAAACUCAAGUCCGUAGGUGCAAGUACGCUCAUUAACCAAGGUUAUGGUUUAACGGAAACUUCUCCAACAACGCAUCUCUGUCCGAUGGAAGAGGCGAUCAAACGACCCAAGAGUGUCGGUCUCCUUCUACCCAACUUGGAAGCGCGACUCGUGAAUGAUGAUGUGAACGACGUGGAGGACGGCGAGUCUGGAGAGUUGUGGGUUCGUGGGCCUAGCGUCAUGAAGGGCUAUUUGAACAAUGAGGAGGCAACGACGAACGCGAUCACACCAGAUGGGUGGUUCAAGACUGGAGAUAUUGCAGUCAGGGAUAAGGAUGGGUAUUGGUACAUUGUUGACCGGAGGAAGGAGUUGAUCAAGUACAAGGGCUUCCAAGUACCUCCAGCAGAGCUUGAAGCCAUCCUCUUGACGCAUCCCCAGAUUGUCGAUGUCGCUGUGAUUGGUAUCAACUCGGAGAAGGACGCGACUGAGCUUCCGCGGGCGUACGUCGUACACGCGAAAGCUAUCAGGGGUGACGCAGCUCGUCAAUUUGGCAAAGAGGUCCAGAAGUGGAUACAGUCCCGAGUUGCAAGGCACAAAUACCUUCGAGGAGGCGUGAUUGUGAUUGAUGCUAUACCCAAGAGUGCCGCUGGGAAGAUCCUCCGACGAGAGUUGAGAGAGCUGGCGAAGAAAGAGAUAUUGUCGUCACCAGAGUUCAAGGCCAAGCUUUAGUCAAUCUUUUUAUUUGUUUGUUUAUUUGCCGUCCUCCUCUGGGUGCUUCUUUUGUUGUUCAUUAGCGCAUGUAUCAGUAGUGUAGUUGCUGGGAAUACUUAUUCUCAUUUGUUUUGGUCAUCCCUGCCU